AUGAAACGCGCCGCCAUUGCGUUUUGGCGCGAAAUGCCAAUCGCUGUCACGUUCGUGUUCGUGGCAUUGGCAAGCGUUGCUUCAGCCAGGGAUAUUAUUUUAGAUGACACAUAUACGGUGAUAGAAGCCUCAACUAACGAAAGACUGCGUCUAGUCUGUGGGUUAAGGGCAAGAAGCCAAACGCAAGCUGUCCGGUGGCACUUUGAUGGAAAACCUUUGGAAAGUCAAGGAAAACCGCGAAUAGUCCAGCAAAGACAGUGGCUCAGAAUAAAAGGAUUCCGAGCGAAGGAUGCGGGAGUAUAUACUUGUCAUAACGAUGAAGAUAAAGGAAAGGAAAUGCGUGUUACUAUAAAGCACAAGCCAGAUGUGGAACAAGACAAUUUAGAAGAAUACCAAUCGGAUAUCGACGUACAGCGGCCGAUGCCAGAAAUAUUAUCGCAGCAUCAAGCUGCUCCUAUAUUGGAGAACAAUACAUUAGAAGACAAAAUUGCGACGGAUGUAAAAAGAUUAACAAAAAGCAUGAAAUACAGGGAAUAUGAUAUAAAGGACGAAGAUAUUGACGACAAAAGUGAAAAGGAACAUCCGAAUUACGGCCACGUUGAUGACACUAAAACAAAAUAUGCUCCUAAAUUUAAACAUCCUUCAAAAAUGUUUAAUAUGGACAUGAAACCCGCUGGUAGCUCCAUAAGAUUAAAAUGUGCUGCUGAUGGAAACCCAACGCCAAAUAUCACGUGGUUUAAAAAUAAUGGCACGCCUAUAACGAGAACGUACUUCCAACCAUCUUACGGUAAAUGGUCGAUGACACUUGAUGAGCUGACGAAAGCCGACAAUGGAAAUUAUACAUGCCUUGUCUGCAAUGAAUUGGGUUGUAUCAACCACACCGUUAUACUACAUAUCCAAGAACGGUACCCAUCGAAGCCAUAUAUUAAGGAAGGAUAUCCGGGAAACGUAACGGUUCUCGUGAACGACACAGUGAAACUGUCCUGUCCACCUGUAUCCGAUUUAGAACCUUAUUCCUAUUGGAUAAGACCGUCGAAUUAUUCGCUAAUAGACGCCGAAGUUGGGCCGAGCGAUGCGCCUAUUCCAGCCGGAGACAUUAUUGAGAUUUUCAUAAAACAACAAAAUAAGCAGAACUGCAUUACACCAAAUGAUAAUUAUACAAAGCUUAACUUUACCAAGCGUUUAUACGCGAAACCAGUGCUUACACAAGGCGUAGUCAACCAGACCAAGUUGGUCGGGGAGACAGCGAAAUUCAGCUGCAAAUUCCUCUCAGACCUACAUCCGUACGUUUUCUGGAUGUUUUUCACCAAUGACGAGUACAAUUAUAACAUCACCAUUGACACCAAUGACGGUGCGGCUCAGGAGUCAGUUGUGUACUACGAUAUCACUAAACUUAUGACGAGUGAAGAUCCGUCGGAUAAGCCAGAACAGUUAACAAUAUUCAAUGUGACCAAAGAAGAUGAAGGCUGGUAUGUGUGUGUCGCUGUCAACUCCUUGGGCAACACCACUGCUAAAGGAUAUCUAUCAGUUUUAGAAUCUUUCCCUGCACCGGAGCCCAUUAAUCACGGGAAACACACUUUGCUCAUAAACAUAUUAACAGCAGUACUUGGAGCUAUGUUUCUUGUAGCGGCACUCAUUGUGGUGAUGAUAUUCAAAAAGCUCAAACGGGAGAAGAUAAAGAAACAACUUGCGAUUGAGACCGCGAGAGCGGUCAUAGUGACCCACUGGACUAAGAAGGUGACUGUGGAGAAACCCCAGAUGAAUGGAUCCCCUGCUACUACAGGUGAAGGUUUGUUAAUGCCAGUAGUGAAGAUAGAAAAACAAAAGUUAUCUCAAGUACAAAGCAACACCAGCGAUUCAAUGAUGAUGUCAGAAUACGAACUGCCCAUGGAUAUAGACUGGGAAGUCCCCAGGGAAUCGCUUUCAUUGGGUAAAGUGCUAGGAGAGGGUGAAUUUGGAAAGGUCGUCAAAGCUGAAUGUGUCGGGAUUGUGAAACCCGGAGUGCAGUCUGUCGUAGCUGUCAAGAUGUUGAAAGAGGGCCACACAGACGCAGAAAUGAUGGCGUUAGUAUCGGAAAUGGAGAUGAUGAAGAUGAUUGGCAAGCAUGUGAAUAUAAUAAACUUACUGGGAUGUUGUACGCAAGAUGGACCAUUAUACGUUAUUGUGGAAUACGCUCCGAAUGGAAAUUUAAGAGAGUUUCUUAGAAAUCAUCGUCCAGGAAACAGAUACGAAUCACCAACAGAGGAUUUAAAAGAAAAGAAAACCCUAACACAAAAGGACUUGGUAUCCUUCUCUUACCAAGUCGCAAGAGGAAUGGAGUAUUUAGCUUCUAGGCGGUGUAUCCACAGAGACUUAGCGGCGCGUAACGUCCUGGUUUCCGACGACUGCGUUCUAAAGAUCGCGGACUUCGGUUUGGCGAAGGAUGUCCACAGUAAUGACUACUACAGAAAGAAAACCGAAGGUCGCCUGCCUGUGCGGUGGAUGGCGCCUGAGUCUUUGUACCACAAGGUCUUCACAACGCAGACUGAUGUCUGGUCGUUUGGAGUUCUCUUGUGGGAAAUUAUGACCCUCGGCGGGACACCGUACCCGACGGUACCAGGACAAUAUAUGUACCAGCACUUAAGCGCUGGACAUCGGAUGGAAAAACCGCCGUGCUGCAGUCUUGAAAUCUAUAUGCUGAUGCGCGAAUGUUGGUCCUUCUCACCUGGCGACAGACCGUCCUUCACAGAGCUCGUCGAAGAUUUGGACAAAAUAUUGACCGUGACCGCGAAUCAAGAAUACUUGGACCUGGGUCUACCACAACUCGACACCCCACCGUCAAGCUACGACGGCUCCGGGGACGAAAGUGACAGUGAAUUUCCGUUCAUCAAAUAA